AUGCGUCUCCUCCCCUUCCUCCUGGGGACUCUCCCCUCCCUGCUCCUGCUUCCCUCAACCGCAGCAUCAGCCUCCAGCACCGGCGCCGACUCCACCGCCGAAAUCUACUACUGGCCCCUGGGCGCAUCCCACCCAUCCACGCUCGCGCGGAUCGCAUACGACCCGAUCACCCUGCAGUCCAAUGUCCUAGCGUACACGCCUCCCGCGUCGGGAUCUGGCCCUGCGCACGAGGAUCCCGAUCUCGAUCUCGUUCGUCUAGGCGUCUACUCGCAGGCCGGGUCCAGUCGCAAGCAGUGGGCGGGGAGCUUGGUCUCGAGGGCGUCGAUUGCGGAGGCGCGGGGUGCGUCCUUGCCGACGCUGCGUCUGCAUCUGGGUCCCGCGAACGAAGUGUAUCAUGUUUCGGUUGCGGCGGCCGGUGAGACGGUCGUUCGUUCAGAGGCGGGUAAGAAUGUGAAGGGCGGCCAUGCACUGGGUACGGGCGCGAUGGAGCGCGCUCGGUCGGAGGGUGAGAGCCGUGGGGAUGCUGCUGGGCGCGUGCGCGUGCAAUUGAUUAAGAGCGAGGCUGCGGUGCAGCCGCAUUUGAAUCGGCCGGUGGUCGUGGGUCCUGAUGGACAGAAUCCGGAGGAGGUUCCGGAGAAGACUUUGAUGCAGAAGUACUGGUGGAUUCCUCUGGUUGUCAUGUUCUUGUCCUUGUCUGGUGGCGGCGGCGGUGGUGGUGGUGGUGGAGAGUAA